CUCGUCUCCAUCCUGGACUACCUAACCUAUACAUAUCCACGACCGAAGCCUUAAAGAUCAUUUCCACCUAGAUAUUACCAUAUUACCUACAUAACUUCUGUUGUCAUUGUCCAAGAAACCUUGUGUCAUUACUUCGUCCUAAUACUCCUAUAGACCUCAAGUAUACUAGUCCUCGUCUUCUAACUCAUCCUUUAGCUUGAAGCCCCUAUAUGCCCCGAUUGCCUAUUCAAGUUUCCAAGAUGGCCACCCGCAACCAUCGCCAUGUCUGCUACGUAGUUCCUCCUUAUAUGCUUAACGCCAUUGCCGAAAGCAGUCACAACUUGGACCGUAUCCGCGAGUCUGCCCGCUAUGCCCUCAACCUCCACAAGACUUACUGCGAGAAGCGGGAGAAGCGCUUUGCAGCCCUCAGCGCUCCUCGCGGCAGCAAAGCCGCUAAUGUUCACCGACAACAAGCCAUAGUGCCUGACCACAUGCUUGAGCACAUUGCCAGCUGCGAAGAUGUGGACGAUGAUACCCGUGCUUGCGCCAAAAGGGACCUAGAACAUAUUAGAAGUAUCCAUGCCAAGUACCAAGCAACUCAGGGCCUCCAUGCCGAGUCGUCCGACCAGAAGGCAGGUAUAACUACUGAGAAAGCUUCCGAUACAGCCGAAAAGACUUACCGCGCUGUCUAUGAUGCUGGACACGAUUCCAACGAGGCCAAUCUUCCCGGUAAAGUGGUGCGGGUGGAAGGCCAAAAAGCGUCCAAUGACGAGUCCGCCAACGAGGCCUACGACAACGCCGGUCUCGUGCUCUCCUUCUAUGCCGACAUAUUCAACUGGAAGUCGAUCGACAACAAGAACAUGCACGUCAUCAGCUCGGUGCACUUCGGGCAGAACUACGAAAACGCAUUUUGGGAUCCCGAGAUCGCCCAGAUGGUGUACGGCGACGGGCACGACUUUCUAACCAACUUCACCGGUUGCAUAGACGUUAUUGGUCACGAGCUUACUCAUGCUGUUACCGAGCACACCUCACCGCUUGACUACAUGGGCCAGAGCGGCGCCCUGAACGAACACGUAUCGGACGUCUUUGGCAUCAUGAUCAAGCAAAGAGUUGAAGAUGAAACCGCUGACAAGGCUGACUGGCUGAUUGGCGAGUACUGCCUUAUGCCCGGUGUCAAGGGCGUGGCUCUGCGAAGCAUGAAGGCCCCUGGCACAGCUUACAAUGACCCCCGUUUUGGCAAAGAUCCUCAGCCAGCUCAUUUCAAAGACUACAGGCUCACAUUCGAGGACAACGGGGGUGUGCAUCUCUAUUCGGGUAUCCCGAACAAGGCUUUCUAUAAUGCUUCCGUUGCAUUUGGCGGCUACUCAUGGGAGAAAGCCGGCAAAAUAUGGUGGGAGACGAUGAACAGCGGCCAGAUACCCUCUCGCUGCACCUUUAUCCAAUUCGCAGACGUCACGGUGGAUAAGGCCGAAGAGCUCUUCGGGGCAGAUGCUGCGGCUAUUGUCCGCAAGGCUUGGAAUGAUGUGGGCGUCGCCAGAAAGUCCUAGGGGGGAGGCUGCGACCCCAGCUAAAUGAGAUGAUUCGUUGAGUAUCUAAACGGGACUCGGAUUCCAAAAGCAAGUCGAGGGAUCGAUUGUACCCGCCCCCUAUUAGACUGGACGAGGUGCCGGGUAUAAGAUCGCUAGGACGGGGGUCAUAAUAAACGUUGAAAAAACCACUCGUUAGGUACCUCCUAUAGAGGAGUCCCCCUAGGUACCUAUCUAUUGUAUGUUUGAAUUAGCUUUUCGAGUAUGGAGCAUUGCUAGAUAGAAUUUGAUUUUCUGUUUUCUACCG